AUGGAGGCCGGUUCGGUGGUACGUGCAAUGUUUGAUUUUUGCCCCAGUGUGUCGGAGGAGCUGACACUCUUUGCCGGAGAUGUCAUUGAAGUUCUCAAUGUGAUAGAUGAAUUCUGGCUGCUGGGGAAUAAAGAAGGGAUCACAGGGCAGUUUCCUGUAAGUUUUGUGGAAACGCUGACGAUCCCGACGAUAAAACCCGGAGAGAAAAUGUACGUCAGCAUUAGUGACUUUACCUCUCAUGAGCCGGGAGCUCUCUGCCUCCAAAAAGGAGAUCUGGUGGUGCUGGAAGGAUCCUUGGCUUCUAGUUGGCUGCAGGGUAGGAAUUGUUGGGGCGCAAGAGGGUUUUUCCCACUAUCCUGCGUUCAGGAGUUCUUCCUGUCCUCUAGGAGCCGUCAGCUUUGCCAAAAUGUGACUGUAGAACUCCCCAGUUAUGCUAUUGGCCAGGCACAGGCAAUCAUGGGCCUUUCCGCACAACUUGAUGAGGAGUUAGACUUUCGGGAAGGAGACAUCAUUAUAAUAACUGGGGUACCAGAACCUGGUUGGUUUGAAGGGGAACUAAAUGGAAGAAGAGGAAUUUUCCCUGAAGGUUUUGUGGAGCUGUUAAAUCCUUUGAGAGUUCAUCCAAGGAUUGAGAGUGAUCAUGGACUCCCCUCAGAUAAAGAAAGAGAAGACUUUGUUCUUGAUAGGUCACCGGAAAUAAUCAAUGAGCGGGACAUGGAUAAAAUUAUAGAAGAUGAGGAACCAGAAGGGACAUUUGCAGUUGCCCUCUACAGAUUCCAAGCUAUGGAGCAUCGAGAACUUGACUUUGAUGUUGGAGACCGAAUUCGAAUAAUCAGAACAUUGGAAGAUGGGUGGCUGGAGGGAGAAUUGUAUGGAAAUCGGGGAAUUUUCCCUUAUAGAUUUGUAAAAAUAGAAACUAAAGAAAAAAAUUAUCUUGUGGAGCAACCAGUAGAUUCCGAAACGUCAAUUUCGAAUCCCCCUGUCAAUUAUCUUGACAUGUCCUCUACUCAUGAAGUCAGCGGAACAGAUCCACAUUAUUGGGAUGUCCACAUGGAAAAUCAACCAUCAUCAUCCACAACUCAAGAGGCAAUGCAAAGUCCAGAAGCAACCAUCAAUACUAACCAAGAAGCAAAGCAAAGUCACCAUGAAACAAUCUAUAGCUCUUCUACAAAACCUCAGCUACCUCCUCGACCACAGAGUAGAGCAUAUAGUCCUCCGGUAUCACAAAACCAAGAGCAAAGACCUAAGGAGAAAAAUAUGUUUACAACACAGGUGGACAACAGAAGAAGUAGAACCAGUUUAUCCAAUGGAGCUCAAGAAAAAUGGUCUUCGAAGAAGUCAUUAUCUUUAAUGACGACAGAUGACAUUUACUCAGCUGACGACAGGGCUAAUGAAAGGUCAAAAAACAAAAACAACCGAAAAAAUAGUCUUCCACUCCAAGAUAUCGUGCAUUGGGUGGAGGACCAUAGAAAAAAACCAAAGACGAACUCCAAAGAGAAAUGCGACACAUCAAGUUCUCGGCCAAGCUUGUGGACAACAGAUUGGGAAAGCCCAGCAAAUGACAAUACUGGACCUGAUUUAAUUGACUUGGACUCCAAGCUUACUGAGCAGCUUUCCCAGUUUGAAAAAAGUCUCUCCAAUCCUAACAACAAAGUAUCUAGGCAUUUUUCAAUACUGGAUUAUAACUCUGAAAUUGACAUCAUCCGGGGAUCACCACCAUUGUCCAAGCAUCAGAAAUCUACAGCAAAAUUCAAAGUUUUAAGACCUCCACCACCACGUCCUAACCCUAGACCCAGUUAUUCUUCCAAAUCAAAUUCUUCUCGAAAUUAUAUUCCUAAAUCCAGUUCUGCCUCCUCUUAUUUAUCUCCAAAUCAGAACCCCCAUAGAAAUGAAUACGUGGAAAGCACUCCUCCAACCCUUGCUCUCCGACCAUCCAGACCAGCCCCUCUACCCCCACCCAAUAGUCAGAGAAACACUCCAUCUCCAAAACCACUUCCUAGACAGGACACCACGCCUAGUGACAACUUUUUGCUGUCAGACAUGCCAGAUCCGAUGGAUGCCCCUGAUGACUUAGAACAGGUAGAUCGAGGCUCCCCUUGUCCAUUUUUGCUCUUGAAGAUAGAAGAUGUCGAGAGAGAACUCGAAGUGUACAGAAACACUCGUGAAGAGCUAUGUCAGAUGCUUGAGGAUGAAGACCAGGAUGAGGUGACGAGAGCUGAGACUAUAGAGAAUUUGGAUUUUUGUGACUCAAACAUUGAAAGCUUGAACCUGGAGUUACAGCAGCUUAAAGACAUGACUCUUUUGUCCUCGCAACCUGAAGCCCUGGAAGAGUCUCCAUCUGCUGCGUCUACGGCGGAGAACUCCGAGAUGAGGAUGCUGGAGAAGAGGUCCAAGGUCAUCGAGGAGCUGCUACAGACGGAGCGCGACUACCUGAGAGACCUGGAGACCUGCGUGGAGCACAUCAUGCUCCCCCUACAGGCCACCCAGAUGACAAAUGUGGAUUAUGAUGUUCUGUUUGGAAAUAUUCAUUCGGUGAUUAACGUGACGACGAUGUUCUUGGGAGCGCUGGAGAACUGCGACUCUGUCGGUUUGAUUUUCCUUGAGCACCGGAUGCCGCUGGAGCUUGUGUACAAGGAGUAUUGCCAGAAUCACGAGGAGACCCUCGCGCUGCUGGAAGCCUAUGAGAAGAACGAAAAGUUCCAGAGAAGCCUGCAGGAGUGUAUCGCGACUGUGAAGAGCCUCUACCAAGAAUGGGGGCGCACCAAUUAUAUAAACCUGGGUUCGUUUCUCAUCAAGCCUGUGCAGAGGAUAAUGCGUUACCCCUUACUCCUCAUGGAGCUUCAAGGGGCGACCCCAGAAUCUCACCCGGACAAGAACCCCAUCAAGGAAGCUGUUCGAGCGGCGAAGGAGAUCAACGUCAACAUUAACGAGUACAAACGACGGAAGGAUCUGGUGGUCAAGUACCGGAAAGGAGAUGAAGAGAGUCUGAUCGACAAGAUCUAUAAACUGAAUAUCCACUCCAUCAUCAAGAAAUCCAACCGGGUGAGCAGCCACCUGAAGCAUCUCACCGGACUCUCCCCUCAGAUUAAAGACGAAGCGUUUGAGGAGACGGAGAAGAACUUCAGAAUGCAGGAGCGGCUGAUCAAGUCCUUCAUCCGUGACCUAUCUGUCUAUCUCCAGCACAUCAGGGAAUCCGCCUGUGUGAAAGUUCUGGCUGCCAUGAGCAUGUGGGACUUGUACACGGAGAAAGGAACCAGUGACCUGGAGAAAUUUCAGAAGGCUCAUCGUCACAUCAGCGAGAAGCUGUUCGCAGAAUUUAAAGAGCGAACCGAGAAGUUGGUGAUCUCCCCCUUGAAUCAGCUUCUCACCAUGUUUGCCGGACCUCACAAGCUGGUGCAGAAACGCUUCGACAAGCUCCUGGACUAUCACAACUGCACCGAGCGAGCGGAGAAACUGAAGGACAAGAAGACCCUGGAUGAGCUGCAGUCGGCCAGAAACAACUAUGAAGCUCUGAACGCCCAGCUCCUGGAUGAGCUGCCCAAAUUUCACAAUUACGCCAAGGAGUUGUUUGCAAACUGCGUCCGUGGCUACGCUAACGCCCACUGUGACUUUGUGAAACUCGCCUUGGAGGAACUGAAACCACUUCUAUCACUGCUGGGGAUCGGAGGCCGAGAGGGGAACCUCAUUGCUUUAUUCCAAGAAGAGCACAGCAAGGUUCUAGAACAGCUCCAGGUCUUUACAUUCUUCCCUGAGAACCCUCCCCCGGCCAAGAAGCCUUUUGAGAGGAAAACUAUUGAACGGCAAUCUGCUAGAAAGACCGUACCAAGCCCGGCCAAAUACAUCCCACAGCUGGAUGAACAUCGGACGUUGCUGCUCGCUAGGUACCCACCUGAAAAACUCUACCAGGCUGAACGUAACUUCAAUGCUGCCCAGGACCUGGAUGUCUGUGUACAGGAGGGGGAUCUGGUUGGCGUCAUUAAGCAGCAGGAUCCAAUGGGUAGUCCUAAUCGGUGGCUGGUAGACAACGGAGUGACGAAAGGUUUUGUAUACAGCUCCUUCUUGAGGCCGUACAACACCCGGCACAGCCAUUCAGACGCAUCUAUCGGCAGUCAUUCCUCCACCGAGUCUGGCUAUGGUGGCUCCUCUCCUAAUUUCUCAAGACAGAACAGCAACAGCACUUUAACCAUCAACCCCAGCAUCGGCUCUGUGAGUUUCACCAACCCUUCCACCGCAAGGUCUUCAAUGGAGUCCUCUGGGCCGAGCAGCGGUCUCCUGGACACCAAUGUUCCUUCCAAAUCUAGUUUCACUGUUGAGAUGGCAUCAAAAAGGUUUAGUGAAACAGACUCUGGUCCACUUCCACGAAUUAUGGAAAUGGAGAACAUGAUCACCACGGACUGUGCCGAACAGAGUGACUCUAGUAGAAGGGGGAGCCAAACUGAAAACGGAAGUGUGUCAACGUUGCAGAACAGUGGAGACAAAGGUUUAAAUGCAGCUAAUCGCAAACCGUAUAGAAAAAAGACUCCUUCACCGAUGGGAAGUGACGUGGAGCCGGAAGGAGGUGAUUUGGAGGGGAACCAGGUGUAUUACGCAGUUUACUCAUUUAAAGCGCGCUCUCCAAACGAACUCUCAGUCACCGCCAAUCAGAGGGUCAAGAUCCUGGAAUUUCGAGAUAUGAAUGGAAACGGCGAAUGGUGGUUGGCUGAAGUAGAAGGAAGACGGGGCUACGUGCCAUCCAACUAUAUCCGGAAGACGGAGUACACGUGAGAUCGAAUCUCGGCCAGGACUAACCGUUAGGACAGCAUCUGUGCCUUUUUUCUGAAAUGACUUUUUGAUUAUUAUUUUUUGUGCUGCUGAAAUCACUUGAACACUAUAUACAGAGAAUGUGGUUUUAUAUAGUAGGACUUGGUAUCCACUAGGACGUCCGUACGAAGAGAAAGUGGUUUAAAGGCAAUCGUUUGGCCAGAUAUUGGCCCCGUAAUCCCAGUGCCUACUGGUUAAAGGGAGUGAACAUGGGCAACCAUUGGCGAUCCACCAAGCACAAAUGCUGGUAUAACCUGCAAGUCAAGGCCCUGUUGGCAUCUGUAGGCCUGUGGCUAUAGGGGGUGUAGUUGUACCAGUAUUAUAGUUGGCACUAUAGGUGGGGGCCUGUUACAGAUUUGGGGCCCAAGUUCCAUAGAUAUUAAUUAUUGACCGCCAGAUAUCACAGCCUCGCAACUAAACUUAUGACUUUUGGGUGCAAAGUUAAACAAACCUGUUAUUCAUCUUUGCAUUGCAAAAGUAUUCAGAUCCAUUCACUCCUUAGUUUCUAAGUAUGGAUAUUUUAAAGGGGUUGUAUAAAAUUAGAAAAACAUGCUUUCUUGAAGUAACGGCUCCAAGCCCAUCCACAGGUUGGGUGUGGUAUUGCAGCUCAUCUCCAUGGAAGUAAAUGGGGCUGAGCUGCAAUACCAGACACAGACAGAAGUGGCGCUAUUCCUGGAAGAAAUCAGUCAUGUUUUCUCUAAUCCCAGAGGAACCCUUUAAGGAAGCAGUUAAGGGAAUACACACUUGUGGGAUUGCAUUAUCUUUUUUUUUAUAGUGAGACAGUUUGCUGUGCUCUGAUUGGCUGAUAGGUCAGAGUGGUGAGGACAUGCGCGCUCUGGUCUCGCCAGCCAUUCGUGGAUACUCCUUUGGUGGGAGUUGUGGCACUUAUGAUUUCUUAAUUUUGUUUAAAUGGAGAUAUUUAAGAAUGGUUUUCUCUUGGGGACACAAAUCUCUGCUUUACAUUUUCCAUAACGUGGUGACUUUUUCAGGGAACAUCCACGAGUUCCGAUCGACGCUCUCUCUCCAGUGUGUGGUGCAGAUUGCAAAGCAGUAUUACCAUUUUUGUGUUCUUUUUAAAAAAAUUUAUGUAGAGGUAUUAACACUGGUGGCUAUGAAGGACCACACUUAAAGGGGUAGUACAGGAUUUGAAAAGCAUGACUGCUUCCUUCCAAAAACAGCGCCACCCCUGUCCACAGGUUAUAUGCGGCAUUGCAGCUCUGUCCCGCUUCAAUGGAGCCGAGCAGUAAUGCACAGUGAUGGUGCUGUUUUUGGAGGAAAGCAGCAAUGUUUUUUUCUAUUUCUGGACAACCCCUUUAAAGAAUUUGUACAGGAUUAGAAAAAAAUGGCUGCUUUCGUCCAUAAACAGCACCACAACUAUCCACAGGUUGUAUAUGGUCCUGCAGCUCUGCUUCAUUAAAACAAAUUGGAUUGAGCUGCAAUAUAUCCAACAACCUGUGGACAGGUGUGGCACUGUUUUUGGAAGAAAGCAGCCAUGUUUUUCAAAUCCUGUACAACCCCUUUAAGAGAGCGAAUUCAGUACUAUGUCGCCCCCACGUGCUGCUUAUGCCGAUCACAUGGUCCAUCGGAAUAAAUGGAGGUCCCCUCCUUAACCCAAAGCUGAAGUUCAUUACAACUUGGAUGCACUAUUGAGGCUGUGGUCACCUAGAACGUGGUGCUACCAACAUGUCAAGGGUUCUUAUUAAAGGGGGCUCAUGAAACUUUUUUUUUUUAAAGCCACCACCGAUGUCAGUGGCAGGUAUUGCAACUUUUAAAGUGAGCUGCAAUACCAGACCCAGCCACACACAAAAGUGGCACUGUUCCUGGGAAAAAAAAAAAAAAAAAAAGGUGAACCCCCUUUAAGUGGCACAUUUACUCCUAUGGGCUUGUGUGAUGGCACCUACAGUUCUGCUUUUCAAGUCACCAUCCUACCCCAGCCUUAAGCCUCAUGCAGACGUC